AUGGAAAUCAUUACGGAGAGGUUCUACUCGAACCUUUUCCGUUCAUCAACUCCUGUGUCAAGUCCAAUCAUCCCCACUGGCAAAGCUCCACCACGGAUUCUCCCUUCGGAAGUACGAGCAGCUAUCAAGAGCAGUAAACCUGGUAUAGCCCCCGGACCUGAUUUUGUAUCACCAGACUUUCUUCGGGCUGGUGGCCAUCCGCUUCAUGACGCUGGAUUCCGUCAAGGGUUCGGCUGGCUGGACCACAUCCAGACCGUGUCGAUGGUCAUAGAGGUUUGCCAGGAAUACCGCCCGCCUCUUGUUUUAACCUUCAUCGAAUAUGAGAAAGCCUUUGACAGCGUAGAAACGAAUGCAAUACUAUCAGCGCUGGUCGAUCAAGGUGUGGACGCGUCACAUGUGAGGACAUUGCUGUGA